GGGGGGGGGGGGGGGGCGCCCUCCGUCUUCUCCCUUGAACGACGGUCUCGGUUUCUGCGGUGGGAACAUCGGCAGGCGGCCGCGAUGGUUCGGGCGCGGCGUCCGUCCAAAGGACCUCCUCCUUCUGCGAACCGGCUGGAGGUUUCGUGGUAUGCAGACGUCGCCGUGAAGCGGCCAUCGCUUUCGCCCGCUCCUCUAAUUAAGCAGUAUCCGUACACGCAGCCGCACACGCGCGCAGAGGCAUCGCACCAAUCCGGUCCCUUUUUCCCAUCGGCGGCCCACUAGGGUUCGAGUAAACGGACAGGGCUGGAGGGGAGGGGGGGUGGGAUU